GCUUGUGGAAAUAAAUCCUAUGGGCUCACCAUUUUCGUCAUUUUCGAAGCGACAUUCACAGCAGUUAGAGCUCAGUUCGAAUCAAAAAUUAAAAAAAAAAAAAAAGCAAACUAAAUAUUUGUAUAAUUUUUAAAUAAACGGAACCUAUUGAUUUAUCCCUUAGCCCAAGAAUGCCAGUUUCCCCAGGAGAGGCGGAAUUCAAUGGCGGCGGAGAUGUGGCCAAGAACGACUCCCACUCGCAGCAAUCGAUGGAGGGACCCAAUGCCUUCGCCGCCUGCCAGAAGCCGCGUCCGGAUGUCAGUUCCAUGCCGGUGCGCCAGUAUCUCGACCAGACAGUGGCGCCCAUUUUGCUGCACGGACUGCAGGCUUUGGCCCGGGAUCGACCCAGUGAUCCGAUCAGUUUCCUGGCUACCUAUCUCUUGAAGAACAAGAACCGCUGUGACGAGAUCAAGAUGGAAGAAAACUAGUUGCCCUUGUCUUGUUCCCUUAUUGUUUGACGCCUUAUCAUGACGCACUGCAGGCCGAUUUUUAGUUUUGCACACCAAAAAUUACUCUUGUACACAACUUAUCGCUGAUUAAAACUGAUUAAAACUGAA